AACAAUUCAAUUUGCAGCAAUCAGAUGUGACUCAGGCUCACACAAGCUUCAUACAUAGUAUAGCAUAGGGGGGGAGGUUCCUCAAAAUCUCAGAUUUCUUUCCAUCAAGCAUGGCAUCUUCAACAACAAGUCCCCCGUCGGGGGAUCUUGCCUCGCGCAUUCUUCAGUCCCUCAACAAAGCCUCGCCGCUUCUCUCGUCCGAGGCCUUUCCAGACGCGAGCUUCGUUGAGGUUAAAGCUGCCCUAGAUCGGUUAGCCUCUCGUGAUAUGGUCACCUAUGACACAAUAGAACGAGAGGAAGCUAUAUUGGAACCGGAAGGUGAGCAGAUUGCUGCCAAUGGUAGCCACGAGGCCCGCGUAUUCGAGGCCCUACGCUCUGCCAUCGACGGCUUAACAGUGCAGGAUUUGGAGAAGGCCAUCGGCGACAAGAAUGUUGUUAAGAUUGGUCAGGGCAAGGCGUUCAAAGAGAAAUGGAUAUCCAAGACAAAGGAUGGCAAAUUCAAAGCUGCCCAAGACUCCAUAAAAGAUGUUACUAAAGAGCAAAUGUUGACCAUCAAGGAAACACGGACAUACCCCGACGCUAAACUACUUGCCGACUUGAAAAAGCGAAAACUUAUCAAGAUGCAAAAGAUCAUCAGCUUCAAAAUCCACAAAAGUGCCAAGUUUGCCCUGAAGAUCCCCGAAGAGGCAACAGACUUAACCGCCGACAUGAUAGCCACGGGCUCAUGGAAGACGGCCACAUUCAAGCCGUAUAACUUCAAGGCUGCAGGAGCAGAUCAGCACUCGGGCGCCUUUCAUCCGCUCAACAAAGUUCGUGCCGAGUUCAGGCAGAUUUUCUUCGAGAUGGGAUUCGAGGAGAUGCCUACCGAUAAGUUUGUCGAGUCUGGCUUCUGGAACUUUGACGCCCUUUACGUACCACAGCAACACCCAGCGCGUGACUUGCAAGACACCUUUUAUAUUUCCGAUCCCGCCGCAGCAGAUAGGCCUCGGGAAACAUCGCCCGAUGACAAGAAAGACUACAAUGCUUACUGGGAGAACGUGAAGGCGGUCCAUCAAGACGGAAAAUACGGUUCAAUCGGCUACCGAUACCCUUGGUCAGGGGACGAGUCGCUACGAUUGGUACUACGUACUCACACAACAGCCAUCAGUGCAAAUAUGCUUUAUAAACUAGCAGCCAGAAAGGGCCCCGACGGCCGCCCACCACCGGCACGCUACUUCUCUAUCGACAGAGUUUUCCGAAACGAGAGCGUUGAUGCAACACAUCUGGCAGAGUUCCAUCAAGUUGAGGGCGUCAUCGCUGACGCGAACUUAACUCUGGGUGGCCUCAUGGAGUUUAUGGACAUCUUCUUCGGCAAGAUGGGUCUCACCGAUCUCAAAUAUAAACCCGCCUACAACCCAUAUACCGAGCCUAGCAUGGAAAUUUUCUCCUACCACAAGGGUCUCGGCAAGCUUAUCGAAAUAGGAAACAGCGGAAUGUUCCGCCCUGAAAUGCUAGAGGCCAUGGGAUUCCCCCCUGAUACACGCGUGUACGGGUGGGGUCUCUCCUUAGAACGACCUACAAUGAUCAAAUAUGGAAUCUCAAAUAUCCGCGAGCUACUUGGUCACAAAGUAGACCUGAGGUUUGUACAGAGCAGUCCCGCUGUACGCUUAGACAAGGAUUAGAAGAAAAUUUGUCUUUUUAAUAUCAAACGAAAGGGAUUUUACUAGAAGCACAGCCAGUAACAUCAACUGGUGCUCUGGAAAACUCUCAUAAUAUGCGCUGCGUACUCCUCCCAACAAUAGGACAAGACGUACCCUCAAAAGGUAGCCCGAAUAGCCCAGGGUUUUGAUGUACAUAAAAGAGACAUGUUUGACCUAAAUCUGCCUACCAUUCAUGUUACUUACAUUAGGAAUUCGUUCCAACCUUGUCUAAAUCCCACCAAAUCCUAGGAGGCAGACCUCAAAGUCAUUUGUCUCUUGCAGUAUCAUCACGGACAAAGCUUAUAAUAAUCCAAGCGAACGCUUCAAUAACCUCACGAAUAAGUAGAUCUGUUGUUGGACAUCCUAAUGUCAUGGCUUUCGUCGGAGAAUGUAAAAUCGACUUGGCAUAUUAUUCGAUCAAAAUAAAAGUAGUUAAUAUGUUGGGAAGUGCAAUAUAACGAGUAGAUAAUCUAGUUCAAGGUCACCAUGGGUAAAUAUCUAGCUAGCGCUGCUGUUUAAACGAACCUGUGCCGGAGUCCGUAGACAGAAAAUGAUUACAU